AUGAAUAGUUCCAGUUCCAAGGAAUUUCUCCAAGAGCUCAAAGAGAAGGCUAAGAGCAGUGUUCCUGAAGUUGCAGAGGAACGUCAAACGUACGUUGAUCCAACAGAUGGAACAGUUUAUGAAUGGGACUCUGAAAAACGAGGAUGGUUUCCCAAGGUAUUAAUGCUGUUGGAUGUUGAUUGCAUUCCUUAACUAUCCUUUGAGUUUGAUUCCUGUUUUUCACCAAAGGCGGAAUAGUUAUCGGUAUUCAAGGACCUUCUUUCGUUAUUGAGCUUAAUUGUUCAUUAUCUUUUGAGAGAUUUCCAUACAGCCAGAUAUCAUUCCUACAAAACCGUAGUCCCGGUGUCAUUGUUUUCUUUAUAAAAGAACUGUAUGCAUAAUGAAGUAGAGGGCUGUUCGGAAAUUUUGCCGUAUCUCUUUUUAUCACAAAUCCAAAUCAUCCUCCUUGGGGAUUUGAUAUGAAUUUCUUUUAGUUGAGUUUGGAUUAUGCUAAAUGAAAGCUGAAAUUCAAAUUAAUGAUAAUGCGUGAAUCAAGUAACCAGUUUUGGAGAAGUGGCCAAACCAAGGCUUUUAGUGUUCAUCUGAUACCUUGUGAGUGAAUGGAACUUGUGGACAGGAGGUUUUUCGUUUGAUGUAAAGUUCUUUUUUUUCCUAACACUAUUAACGAUGUAAUUCCAGGUGGAUGAAGAUUUUCUUGCUUCAUAUCAAAUGAACUAUGGUUUCACGCCUGAUGGUGAACAAACUGCAACAGUGAGUAGUGAUAGUCAGGCAGCUGGUCCACAUGUACCACAGACUGUUCAAAGCCAGGUACAAAUAAAACAUUCUGUGCUAUUUACAUUUUUGUACAUGUGUAUUCACUUUUUGCUUCAAUACCCAAAGGUGAUGUACUUUCCUCAGUUUUAUAGGUGAUGGCAGUUGAUAUAUUUGUUCACCACUAUAAUUAAUGAAUAGUUUUUUUUUAUAAUGACUGAUUCAUUGCUCUACGUGUAAGUCUGUUAGGGAGCCUUAGAUUUUAAAAUUUAUUUCCUCAUUCAUAUACUAGGUAGCUGUUUUUCCAUUUGUCUACCUGUCUGUCUGUCUAUCUGUCUUUUUGUUUGUCAGUCUGACUAACUGACUGACUAUCUACAAGCUCUCCUCUCCCACAAAUCAAGUUGGCUAACUGUGAGGAAGCCCGACACACACAACACCAAUUUUCCAUCACUGGGAUAAGAAGAGGGAUAUAAUGAAAAAUUACUAUUAAACAAAGUCAUCAUUUUCUGUAUACAAGGAUCAAAAGGGAGAGAAAGAAGAUGAUCAGGGAUCAGAAUCAAAGAAAAAGAAAAGGAAAGCAGAUGAAGGUAGAAAGCUUUGUUUUUAAAUAUAUUUUUAUUUUGAAACUUUUGAUUUACUAAUUAAAGUUAAUAUGCAGAGAAAUUGUAAAUCUCUUGGUUUGAUUCUGGUUGCUUCAGUCUUUGCUUAAACUCAAACCUCUCUUUCUAGAUCAUAUACAUCUAUCUCCCUUUCAUACUUUCAGGUUGGUUUGAAGUCGAGGGCAGCAAAAAUCCAAAUGUCUAUGUGUCUGGUGAGUUUGCAAAUAAUUAUUUCAGGUUACAUAUAUGUGUUGUUAAGCAUAUUUAAAUGUAUUUCAUUGUUCAUUCACCGUUAUCAUAGGAUAUGAGAUUUAUGCUGGUUAUCAGACUGUUGCUUUCAAUAAGACUAAUGGCACUCUCUGGAGCUCUGGCAGGUAUUCUGCUGUGAAAUGCCAGGUUUACUUUGGAAGCUCUCAAGCAAACUCAUGAAUUGAAUUUUAAAAACGCUUUGAGAUCCUCUAGAGUUCUUUCAGUUAACUGUUACCUUUACAAAGAAGUUUUGAUGAAAAUGACUGAUAUUUUCUUAUCAUAAUAUUCCAACAUACAUUUUAUACAUUUCCAGCAAAAAAUGAUUUUGAGUUUCCAAAAACAUACUGACUUAUUAAAAUCUUGGUAACCAGUAACCAUAUGUCCUUUCAGAGGACUUUUUGUGUGAAACCCAGGGACUAGGCUUACAUGUCAGCAAAUGAAAGAUUUUGAUCAGAAAUAGAACAAUCAGAUGAACAAUUGUUAUAAAAGAGAUGGAUAUUUAAUGAUCAACUAGGGUAGUUUAACACCAAAAACUCUGCUUGAGGCCAUUUUUUAUAAAUGGAAGUAAUGAGAUAACAAGAAGGAAAUUCUCUGGCAAGUGCUACACUGAGGUAACCAACUUCUUCAAAUCUUAUCGAAAGCACUGGGUUAUAACAAAUUUACCAGUAUACCAUUGGCACAGCUGAAAAUCUUCAAUUUAUAUUGAGUCAGACUUGCCAAAAAAAAGUCUACUGACAUUUUAAUGCAGUGGUUAACUCCAGUUUCUAUUAGUAAGUAAUAUGCAUUUAAAAAUGAAUGUUCCAAAGGUUGAAAGUAAAUGUGGUAUUUAACAUCUAUUUUUUUUUGUCUUGUAAUGUGCUUGUAAGUUUGAAUCCUUUCUGUUUAGGACUACCACAGGAUACCACUGAAGAAGAAUUUAUUGAAAUGAUGAGCAAGUAUGGCAUCAUCAUGCAAGAUCCUGAGACAAGUAAGUCUGAUUCAUAAGUGUUUGGUAGAAACUGAAAUUGUGACAUGUACUGUUAGAGUGUAACUGGUUGCUUGUAACUAUGAUGAGGUGCUGUCAAAAGCCUAUCAGUACGAAUAUGCAAGACUUUGCAGUUGAAAAUGAAUUAUAAAUGCUAACAACUUCCCACACUUGUAUAGCACUUAAUAAUUACAUGUAUAACAUCAAUACUUUAAUCAUGUUUUCAGACAAGCCUAAAGUAAAGCUCUACAGAGACCAAAAUGGUCAAAUUAAAGGAGAUGGGAGGUGCUGCUAUUUGAAGGUAGAAAAAAAUCAUUUUGUUUAAUGUAGCUUUUGAAUAAAUGGAAAACUUCUUGAAGUUAGGGAGUGUGCUUGUUUUUUUUUCUUUUUUUUUCUGAAGGUUGAGUCCCUAAUUCUCAUUUGCAGCCACUUUUUUCAGUAGCUGUGAUGGAGAUUAUUUAACACCUGAACAAGAUAAUUUUCUGCUUGGGACUUAAGUUUUCAUUCUGUUUCCUGUAUUGUGUAUUAGCCAUAUAUCUCACUCAUUGAUAUACUUUGAUAUCUAAUCCUCUGUCUUUUUUUUUUUUUUUUUUUUUUUUUUUUUCAGCGUGAAAGUGUUGAUCUUGCAAUAGAACUCUUGGAUGAAUCUGACUACAAAGGACAUACUAUACAUGUUGAACAGGUAUGUCUGCUUGUUAUCUGCUUUAUUCGGUUUUUACCUGGAAUUUGCUCUGAAUUUCCACCUUGCCAAUCAUUUGACUUGCUACAAGGGUAUAACCUGUAAAAAAUGCACAGAUGUACAAGGGCAAGAGAAAAAGGAAAAGGGAAAGCAGAGGGGUGAAAGGGGGGGGGGGAGGUUUAAAUAACGAGGGUGGUCAUUUGGUUAGAAACUUUAAGGGAAGGUGGUGGGAUAGACACUUAGAAAGGCAAAGGGACACCAAAGGUCAGAGAUCAGAUGUAGCAGAUUGCUAAUUGAAAGGUAGUGAUAUAACCAGGAGGAUGUUUCUUAUUGGUUGCUAGAGUAUUGCAGUCUUGUAAAGGUUUAUCAGUGUGUAGGAAAUGGCAUACAGUAAAUCAAUAACUUUUUUGUCCCUUUCUUUGGUUUUUUCAGGCUACAUUUCAUCUGAAAGGUGAUUACAAUCCAGCUCUCAAGAAAAAGAAAAAGAAUAAAAAGAAGAAAGCUGGAAAAGGACAGGAAAAGUAAAUUUGGUUUGCCAUUUCUGUAUGUCAUCGUAUCAUUUUGGGGCUCAUAAAGAUACAUGAUUUUACAUUACAAUGUACUUAUAUCAGGAAUAUGUUUUUUUUUCAGAUUACUGGAUUGGGUGGAGAGAGAUGAGAGGAAAAAAAAUGAAAGGAUCAUUGUUUUCAAGAAUAUGUUUGAUGCUAAAGACUUUGAGGUUUGUUGUUAAUUUUCUUUAGUUUUUUCUGCCAAAAGUUACUCAAAUUUUACAUGCAGAACACAGUGUGGGAAAGAAAUUAGAGCAUGACAGGAUAAAAAAAAUGAGGAAUAGAAUCUUGAGGAGCAUUUACUGUGAUACAUCGUAUAAGGGGAACUGUGAUGCAUGUACAGAAAUCGCAUAAGCUAAUAUUUAAAGGUUUCAAGACCAAGAGCCUCAACUGAAGGGGGAUGUUGACAUUUUAAGUUGAUUGAUGCAUUUAUGCAAAACAUGAAUCAAGAGUUUUUCUUGUUUUAGCUGGAACUGAAGUCUCUGAAAUAGUUUAUAAAUUAAAUCUUAUCACAUUUAGACAGCCUCAUGCAUAAAAUUGUGCCUUUUAUUUCCAAUUUGUUUUCCUUUUAUUUGUUUGAUUCAGAUUUAAUAACCGUACUAACUUUAUAAUAACUUCUUCUGUUUUCUCUCUUUGUAGAAAAAUCCUCUUUUGAUCACAGAGUUGCGCGAUGACAUGAAAGCAGAAUGUGAAAAGUUUGGUGAAGUGAGGAAGGUGAUCGUGUUCGAUGUGAGUGUUUCUCACCUUGUAACAAGGUGUAAAGUUUACAAACACAUUUUUAAAUUGAUGUUACCGGUAAUUCAGUUUCUGGUUGGAAUUUCUCAGGAAAGCUAUAACUUUGUAAAAUUAUACUUGUUAUGUUGUAAUUAGGUUUAUGCGUCUUCCAAUAAUUGUUAUAGAAGUUUGUCUCAAGCUCUCUUUUAUCGAUUUAAGUUGCUAAUAUUGCAGUCACUGAAUAAUGCGUACAUGUAUAUAUGUGACUCGAGGUGAUAAAGUACGGACUGUUAGGAAUUAAAGCUGCAGUAGAAUAUUUAUUUUGUAACUGAAUCUCAUAUGCAUAUGCACAUCUUUGUAGUUCAUAAGGUUAUUUGAGAAUUUAUUCUAACCAGUAAUUCUGCUGUUUAUGUCUGCACAGCGUAACAAGGAAGGAGUUUGUUCAGUGGCGUUUGCAACAUUUGAGGGAGCUGAGACUUGUUUGCCUGUAGGUUCCUUUAAGAUUAUUUUGUGGCCUUUUUUUUUUUCACCCUAGGUCUUUCCCCUUUGGGUCUCUCUUGGUACUCGAAAGGCUCUGGAGUUGAUGUAUUUUCUCGCUUUUUCUACCUCAACUUGAAUACUUUGAUAUCUGAUUGGUUCAUUUUCAAUUAUACUUGAUUCUUAUUGGCUGUCGUUUCUGCUUGUACUAGGUGAUGAAUGGUCGCUGGUUCGCCGGCCGGAGAAUAACGGCUGAAAAAUGGGAUGGAAAGACAAACUUCAAAGUGGAGGAAACGGACAAACAAAAGGAAGAGCGGCUUGAUGAAUGGGAGAAAUAUUUAGCUGGUGAAUUAGACUAAACAGAGGAUGCACCUAACCAAGGUAAACCUGGUUCACGAAGAACGAAAGAAAUUUGGUCGUCUUGCUUGAAAUCGAACAAUAGUCAAAAGGGCGAAUUACGCUUCAGAUCUUGAGAGUUAGAGUAUUAAUUAACAUUUCGUCAUUUUCAGGAAAUAUCGUAGAUAUUCACCAAACGAAUGUCAAUAAACGAAUCAUCUAACACGGAGAGCAACGCAACUGAGUUGAAAACCUGUAAACGGUUUAAGAACACAGGAUUGCUUCAAUGGCAAAUAGACUUUAGCGCAACCUGUUGCUAAUGUUUGCUCCGGCGGAUCCCAACACCCGACUUGUGUCAAGCAUGGAACGGCUGAUUCGUACGAUCUGCUAGAACUAGGGGAAGAAAGGAAGGCUUGUAGUCUUGAUAAGAUAUAUAAAACAUUAUACGAAAAGCAGCAAUUUAUUACAGUAUCCGUAACAAAGAGCAUAGCGAAAACCACCGUUAUCACAAACAUCUUAUUUGUUCGAGGAAAUGAGACAGCUAUUUAAGUAGUGUACAGUUCGAAUUUACUCUUGUGCAUUUUGGAUUUCACUAAUCUACGCCACCGCUUCCUGUGAUAUUGACAAGUGUUCAUCAAGUAAUGGCAACCUUCUUUGAUGUUUAUCGUACAUUUGUUAGAAAAAAAACUCAUUAACUAUAUGACUACAGUCCCUCUGAUAAAGGGAUAACGUUCGAACCGUCAGCUUUUAAAACCCUCUACGGUGGCCAAUUUGCAUCAUCAACUUUUUUUGUAAACCAUAUUACAAUGUAGUACUUCCCACAGACGCAGUAUCACAGUUUCUUUCGAAACUUACUCCCUUUACACAUAAAAUGCACGAGCGCAUAUGAUUUUCGUAACGUUGAGAAAAAAAAAACUGAACUCGUCUUUAUUUACGGCAAAUUCCCUUCCAAAUUAUGAGAUGCCUGUGCUAGUAUUAAACUUUUUAUCAGUUUUCCCAAACACCGUGAUUGUCCUACUGUAGAAUCUCAUGUAAAACAGUACUGAAUUGUCUUCCUCCUCAAACGCCACCUGCUCCUUUUAUUUAUCUAAUUAACAUAAUUUUAAGAAAUUGGCGGUAGAGUGUAGGAAAUUAUCCUCCUAAUAUUAUGAAGACAUUGAGAAUUAUCAUAACAGUAAAACAGCACUGGCAGAAAAUAACGAUUUAUCUCUCUCUCCCGUCUUAUGAAUUACGAGCGUCUCGUUU